AUGAAUGGUCCACCUGGACCAUCUCCUCAAUCGCAACUACCAAUCUCGUCAACGCCUUCGACAACCGGAAAUAGAACCGGAGCUCGAGCUCGAGUAGAAGAUGAGAGUAGAAAACACCGUCUAUCAACGUCUUCUACGAUUCAAAGGAGCUCGCAAGAGCAGUCAAGUAGUAGAAACGGUAUCAAUCCGACCACCACAGCUGGUCCGUCAAGAUUCCCUUCGGCUCAGCGGUCAAAUUCCCAAAGGCCUCCAUUGAACAUCAAUCGCGGAGGAGUACUGUCUUCCUCACAACGUCAAGCUAAAGAUCAGAAACCUAAUGUCAAUAGAUUCACUGAUAGAUUCGCCAAUCUCAUCGCACAUGGCAAAGGGCAAGGAAAAUCCACCGAACCUAUAGAUCUCACUUCAGACACAGACGAAGAAGGAAAAACUACAUCACCAAAGGAGAAACACGAGAAGAAACUUGGGAUUAGUGAUAGUUUGGAAUCUAUAACAUCGUUAGAUAAAGAUAUGAAACGUUCCGUCAAGAAGGAAAGGUCACUUUCUAGAGCGGAGAAAAAAUCCAAAACGCCAGUAAGCAUUAGUAAAGGUAUUUGCAACACAACUGGUUUAAGUCCAGAAAAACCAAUAUAUAUAGGUUCAAGUUCAUCUGAUUCAUCCUCAACGACAACAACGAAAUCACCAAUAAAGGCUACACAGCCCUUGAAAUCCGUUCCUCAUACGAAUGUCAAUAAACCUAAUGGUCCAUUUAUAGGCAACAAUAUCUCAUUAUCCCCUCAGAAGAGAAGGAUAUUACCUCCUCAAUCUACUAGACAAAGACUCACGACAUCAGAAUUAGACGCCGCUUUCGAAAAGAGAAAACGGGAUGGAACGAAAAGUAGAACAAAUUCUGUUGAACCAGGACAAAUGCUCGAUGUGGGAAAAGGAAAAGGAAUAGGAGUGGCAAUGGGAAUGGGAAUGAAAAGAUCUAUAUCGAGAGAAUCGUUGAUAUUCGGUCUACCAUCUGGUUCCGGUUCUAGUUCGAAUUCCCCAAGACAUAAGAAGAUGGACUCUCCGUUGAAGAAUGGUAUACCUUUACCAUCAAUAUCACAAUCCCCACUAAGACAGGUAAAUCCUUUAUCAUCAUCAUCAACCGCUUCACAAUCGGUUCCAAAAACUUCUCCCAGUGCUGUUACCGGGCAAAGAUCAUUUCAAACAAUCUCUAAAACCAAUAGGCCUGCGCCUCCAAGUGAAGCGGGUCCAUCAGUGCCUAUCAAAUCCCCUAUCAAAUCCCACAACCUAUCUCCACACCCAACCCAAUCUCAGAACAACCAGAGCACUCAGCUCAAAUCACAGAAACGUGACCCUCCUCAACGUACGAAGGCUGAAUCUGCUUAUCAACCUAAACAGCCCAGUGUUCAUCAGGAACCAGUCCGAAAACCAUCAAGAACUCGUCCGGAACCUGGAGCCUAUACUUUACCUGAUCCAAGCACAAAUAUACAUGAUUGGCCGAGAAUAGAAAGUACACAUUCUUCUGGUGGAUCUAAACGAAGUGAGUCCAGAAGCAAACCAAAAGGUAAAGAGAAAGAGACCGACAAGAAAAACUUCACACCUAUCAAAAACAAACCACCAAUAAUUAUAAAAAGACCGAUAUCGCCCAACAAACGACCUCGGCCCCCUCCCCGGCCGGAUUCAUCUGGUUCCCGAUCAUCAACUCUUACACCUAUCCCGACCAAUUACGCAUCACCAAUAGCUGCUCCGCUGAACAAGGAUAAGACUGCUGAGCCUUCACCUGCAAAGUCACUCAGCUCAAGUCCUCUGAAAGGACGGGCUUUCAACCAGCUCCUAGGCGAUCCAGAAUCGCAGCAAAGAGUGAACAAUGGGGAAGCUGAAGUAUUACAGGCUGCAAAAGAGGAAGUUAACUCAAGCGAUAUGCUUGAUGAGUUUGACGAUUAUGAAUGGGCUACCAGCGAUGGCGAAGAACCUGAUCUGAUGAAGAUAAAAGAUGACACUUUGCUUGCUUCGCCCAAUAAACCUGUUUCAGAUAUCAUUCAACAACCUUCACUCGCAAGGUCGACUCCUAAUACCCCUUCUAGGCACAUCACGCCUUCCAAACAUCUUACACCGGCCAAAAUUCUGCCUGUCACUCCUUUUAAACCUCACACCUCAUCCAGAAGCCAGGUCACUACCCCGCAUUCGUCCCUAAAAAGACCCCACCAUACCCCAUCACCAUCUUCCGCUCACAAACGGAGGGCUAUGGCUGAAAGGUCUGAUCAGCUUCUUGAGGAUGAUCGAGUACGACGUCAGAGGGAGAAAGAAGAAGAAGCCGAGACAGAAAAACAAAUUCAGGUCGAUCUAGAAAGGAUGCAUGAAGACAACGAAGAGCAGAACGACGAUGGCGGUGAUUUGGCUGGAUUCUUAGAUGUCGUCGCUUCCAAAACACCUGCAGAACCACAAUCUUCUUCCGUCAAACCCAACUUUCGUUCAGCCAUUCAAGCUCGAUCGGAUAGUAAGAAAGCCAAAGUCGAAGCUGAACGAUUAGCCCGACGACAAGCGAAACUUGAUGCAGUUCAAAAAGCUGAAUACAAGGAAAAGCAAAAGAAAAUGAAAGACGAGACGAAGGCGUUCGAUGGACUGAUGAAGAAAAUUCAGUUAGGAAACGACCUGGAUGAGGUCUACAAAGAAAUCUCAUUGAAUGUGGAUGUGGAACUAGAGACAGGUCUGGAGUCAGAAUCGGAUGGGAAUGGAGAAAAUGCUUAUCCAACACCUGAAACUGAUUUCGAUCUAGACGAUUUGACAUCUCCCAAUCUUAACGUGAUCAAGGACGGAGAGGAAUUGGAUGAUGCGCUUGACGGGAUUGAAGAUGUAGGUAUAGUCAUCGAUCAAAGUUUGAUAAAAGAUGUGAAAUCAGGUAUCAAGAUUGAAAAAGAUGAUGAACUGAUUUGGAAAGGUUUUUGGGAAGAAGAUCCGAGAAGACCUGAGCAAAAAGAUCAAAAACGAUUCAUCAGCUUUGAGAUCAUCGAAGAUCCUGUUCUCAAGAUUAUUGAUUCUAUAGCGAAGCAGCCGGACUCGGAAGUGGAUCUAAUCGCUCUAGGAGAAUUUAUCACUUCCGGAGCGGUAUCUUUCGUCGAAAGUGGAGGACGAGGCAGAAUGGGAGACUUUCUCUUAUCUAACUGUAUAAUGUCGUGUGAGACCGAUUGGUCAGAUGUCGCUCGGUCUACUUUCAUCGAUUUAUUGCAAGACGAAGAUUAUUUUGGCAAAGAUGAUAUACUUCGAUUCCUUCGAAAGUGUAGCGAUCUUAUCCUGGACCUAGGCGGAAGGCAAUCUGUCUUUCUGUAUAGUUCUGGGCGGAAAGACAUAGCAGAACAAGAGCGAUCCGAGGUUAUGAUCGAGCGUGAAGCAGCUAUGGGACUUUUUUGCCGGAUUCUCCGUGCUGCAUCUGACAGUGCGGCAGACAUAUCAUGGGUUUCAAUCCUUCUCAUACUCUCCAUUGACAAGUUCACUUCAUCUGCUCUGGGGAGGAUCAUUGGAGAAACGAUAGGAACCCUUAUGAAGAAGUCAUUCGAUGUCUCUAAAAAUAAGCUGAAACAGGCGAAAUUCAUUGCGCAAUCUAUCGCUAAUUCCACUGCGGAAUAUGAUCACCCUGUCAAAGUUGCUAUCCUCAACUCACUUGGUCAGAAGACUGAAGAAAGUACGCUAGUACAUUGUUGGCUGGGAAUAGAAUACCUUUUACCUGGAACCAUUGAUCAGGUCUCGACUAUGGAAAUUCCCCCUUCCGUUCCUCCACUCACGUGCCUCCUUCAAUCAGUUGAUCUGAUAUCGAAUCUCCUUCGAACUCCAGAAUCGACUGAACCAGAUUAUGAUCAGAUCAAUCAUAUUAUAUCCUUUCUUUAUGCUUCAAUGUCAGACAUCGAAAAUCUACUCAAUCAAACCACAAUCACUUCAAGCGGCGAUAAAAGCGUCAAGGAUCUGUUGAGCGAUUGUGAGGUUGAGGAAGUCAGAGAUGGCCUGAGAAGAUGCAGAGAUAGGAUAUCCGAUCAAUCGAACGGGACUUCCAAAUCACUAGUGAAAGCUAGAUUGCAUCAGUUAUACGAAAUCUCAAGGUUGAUCCUAACGUUAGGAAUCAAGAAGAAAGUCCGUGCCAAAAAAUUAGGUAAAGGUUUGAAAGUCGGUACAAAGGGUCAAAGCAAACUAGAUUUUGGGAUAAAACCGAAACUCGAAGUCGAGGAAAGACGAGGAGUUGAAGCUGAGAGCAAGGGCGAAAGGAGUGUCAACGGAUUCAGUGGAGGAGAAGGGGAAGUGCAUAUGGAAAAGAAAGGUUCUAGUGGAAAAGAAAGCGAAAGUGGUGGAGUGGAAAUGGAGAACAAGGAUUUCAAGGGCAGUAAGAACGGUGAAGAAGAUGGUGAGAUGAUGCUGGGUGAAAGAUAG